AUGCCAAAUAAGAUGAAAAGAAUCAACUGUGAUUGUAACAUAGUUGAAAUUCUUAAAGAUUUGAGCAUUUUUUCUUUGAAUCAAAUUAGAAAAUGUUCAAAUACUGCUUGUCAAAAACAAUUUGCAACAAUAACGUUCCCAUCAUUACUUUUUAAUUUUAAAGAUGAAAAAAUAAGUGAAUUGCAAACAUUGACGGACAAAUAUGACCGAUUCGAAGCCAACGAAAAACACUGCACCGAAGACAAUUGUAAAGGAAACAUAAUUUAUGAAAAAAUAUCCAACAACAUGUUGUUCAUAGCAAUUUCGUGUGAAAAUGAAAGUCCAAUACCAAAUGAAAUUAAAAAUUGCCAACUUGGAGACAUACCAAAUUUUUUACGCAUUGGAGAGAAGCUGUUAUAUCUGAGAGGCACAAUUGGGUAUUACCCACCUCUUUUAAAUACAAGGGCAAUUGGUCAUUAUGUGGGUUUUGCUAAACGAAGCAAUAUAUAUUGGGAAGUAAGUUAA